AUGGAGCACUCGGGUGCCGAGUCUGUCUCGACGCAGGGGCUCUUUGCGCCGGCAGUCGAGCGCAGACUCCGCGCGCUGGACUGCAGGAUGCUGAGCGCGCCGCCGGCGAAGACAGAGGCCUGGCGCCGCGUGAGAGACAUCGUCGUUUGGCUCGAGGAAGAAAAAAUUCGCCUGUACCCGCGGCACAAGAGAGAGGCGAUGCGAACUGCCAACGACCCGAGCGCCUGGUGGUCAGUCAUGCUUCAGUACUGUCGCGACCUCGAAGUGCCGCUGGAGGCUGAAGGCGGCGCGACGCCUUCGUGUGCGGCGGAGAACUUCUCCGCGCUUCUCGAUGUCAUCUCUGCAGUCGCGGUCUCGGAUAUCUACCAAGACGCGCUGGAAGCGUCGCAGUUGCCUCUAGACGCCGCCUCAGACCUGCAGGCCUUCGAGGCCGCCUCACAGGCGCCCGCGGAAGGAGCUGCGUCGUCGGCGGUCGCAGCCGACCUGGAGCAGCUGCGCGAGUCGCUGAACGUCCUCCUUGCGCAUCUGCGUCUGCCUCCCCUUGAGCCUCAGGCGCCGCCCGAGGAGCUCGUCUCUGCGCUGAAGGCCGCGGCGGUGCGCCUGGGGCGCCUGGGGCCUUCGCCGGCGGAGGCAGACCGCGCGGAGGAGCUCGCGAAGAACUUUUCUGUGGCAUGCCCCUCUCCAGUGGAGAACGCGUCCUUCUUCAAAGCCUUCGUCUUCGGCCUGCGCGCGCUGCAUGUUGCCCACAUGCGUGACACGCAGGCGGAAGUCAACGCACUCAUCGAGGCGCUCCAGGCGCUGACUGCCAACCCCGUCACAGAUCACCGUCUGGGCCGUGUCGGCGUGUAG